CGACACGCACUUGUUCUCUAUUCUAUUCUAGUGCUCUUAAGAAAAACAAAAAAGACAUAUUUAUCCACAACCAAUAAAAGAUUAGCAAUUUUUUACAGAAAAAUACAAAAAAAUGGAUAACGUAUCCAAUAAUUUUCAACCAUAGAUCCCACAAACAAUCUUCUAUUAACGGCUCCACCGUGAGAUCGCUUCUUCAGUCUUCACUCCCCCUCCAUCACUGCUACUACGCCGCCCGUUUCGGAACCUCAUCCACCUAACAACUUCAACAGCAUUGUUGUUUUUUGGAUAGUCUGAGAUUCUCAGAAUCUUACCAACUUUUUAUAGUCAUUUCUGAUACUUACAAUGGCGGAUGCUGGGAGGUCGAUCGGGACGGUUAAAUGGUUUAGCGGGCAGAAGGGGUUUGGUUUCGUCGCGCCGGAUGACGGUGGGGAUGAUCUCUUUGUACACCAAACGGAGAUCCAGACGGAGGGUUUUCGGACUCUUCGGGAGGGGCAAAGGGUGGAGUUCAAGAUCGAUAGUAGGGAAGACGGACGAAGUAAAGCUGUGGAUGUCGUCAUUCUAGCCAGAAGUUACAAACCUGGCGGCCGACGUGGAGGGAGUCGUGGUGGUGGUUAUGGUUAUAACAGGGGUGGUAGAGGCGGGAGAUUCAGCGGUGUUGGCCGUGGGGGUGAUGGAGUUGAAUGCUACAAUUGCGGGAGGAUAGGCCAUUUGGCUAGGGAUUGUUAUCGUGACAGUGGGGGAGAUGGUGGUUAUAUGGGAUACGGACGCCGCGUCGGUGGCAGAGGUCGGGGCGGCGGCGGAAGAGAGUGUUAUAAUUGCGGAGAAGUGGGUCAUCUUGCAAGAGAAUGUCCAGUUGAGCAAAGUUGAUGGAUUAUAAAUUCAUGUGCAUUUUUCAAUGAGCAGAAUUAAUGUUUCCUUACAUAAUGUUUACUUGGGUGUGAUUUUCAUUUUUUUUCUUUUUUCAAGAGGAAGAGUGGAUGAUGAUAAUGUCAUCACUUCUCUAAUUUUCUUGUUUCUCCAUCAUAUAUUCAUCUCAUCUUUAUACA